AAGAUUGUGUUAUAUAACUCAACCUGGCAACCGCGGGAUCGCCGCGGAUGCUAGUUUCCGUCUUUAUAGCUGAGUUGUUGAGCAGAGAGAAGCGGAGGUGGCAUGGCGGAGAAGAGCCCUGACCCAAGCGGCUCUGUAGCCCGGAGGUGUCCCGCCCUGUCAGCAGCUGACCGAUUACACUCAACCACAAGUGCUUCGUCCAAGUGGGUUCGCCUUAACGUCGGCGGCACGUACUUCCUGACCACCAGACAAACCCUGUGCAGGGACCCCAAGUCGUUCCUGUACCGCCUGUGCCAGACCGACCCCGACCUCGACUCUGACAAGGAUGAAACGGGUGCGUACUUGAUCGACCGAGACCCAACGUACUUCGGUCCAGUGCUCAAUUAUCUGAGACACGGCAAACUGGUGCUCAACCGAGGACUCGCAGAAGAAGGUGUGCUGGAAGAGGCCGAGUUUUAUAACAUCACUUCAUUGAUCAAACUAGUGAAAGACAAAAUCAGGGAGCGGGACUGCAAAACUUCUCAGCUUCCUGUAAAACACGUCUACCGAGUCCUCCAGUGCCAAGAGGAGGAACUCACUCAGAUGGUCUCCACCAUGUCUGAUGGCUGGAAGUUUGAACAGCUGGUCAGUAUCGGCUCGUCCUACAACUACGGAAAUGAAGACCAGGCGGAGUUCCUCUGCGUCGUGUCCAAGGAGCUGCACAAUCAGUCAUACGGCACAAACAGUGAGCAGAGCGACAAGGCGAAGAUUCUUCAGGAACAAGGCUCUCGGAUGUGACCGUGAAGCGACUGCGCUCUCGCAAGGCUGGGGUCUCACACACAACGACGUGCACAACAUCAGGACGGGAGAAAACCUGGCAAGACAGAAGAGAUGCGAGUCAUAGUGGGAAAGGAAAUGUUCAUACAAGAAUCUCAACAGGAACAUGCAUGUCAGUUGCAAAGAUUUAAAAAAAAAAAAAAAAAAGCGUUUAAUUAAAUGUCACGUUCCAGUUUACUCAGGGUUUCAGCUCGACAUUCUGAACACACCUCACUGCAAAAAAACAAUAACAAUCAGUGUAUCGUUAGAGAUUUGUUUUACAGUGCGGUCCAAAUCCAUAUGUUUAUCAUAUUGUGCGUUGCAUUGCAGGUGUUACCAUGGUGACCGACGCCUUGGUGUUGACCAGUGGUGUUUACUAUACAGGUUCUUUUUUUUUUUUUUUUUUUUUUUUUUCUUUUUUUCUUUUUCUCCCUUCCUUUUUGAGAAAAGAGUUGUGUAUCGAAGCCUCUCUGACUCUCCUAGCAUUAGUCAGACAGGGAAAAUAUUCAUCAUGGAAAAAAAAACAAUGAAAAGGAAAAAAAAACGAGACGUAAAUGUCGAAAGGUGGUGCUGAACUUCGUCUUCCACCAUUGGAUUCGUUCCAAAUGGUUUGCAGUUUACUGUUUGUUUGUUUGUGUUCAAAAGAAAACUUGGAGUUGAGUUUUUUUUUUAAAUUCGUUUACUUUUUUGCCACUGCUGUUAAACGGCUUUAUUAUUGACAAGACGGCGACUGUUACUAAGUAGAAUGAGUUUUUUGUUUGUUUGUUUUUUUUUGCGCUUUCCUUUUACCUUUUACAAACGGAUGAAACAGACGACACCUUGUGUUUAAAACACACUGGGUGUUGUGUCCAUACCACACGUCCUGAAACACCACCAAACACGAUUCAAGCAGAGAAUAAAGAUGAUGCAGUUGGUUUUGUUAAAGUGUUGAAACCCAUUGUUUAUUUCAAUCGUUUCUUUUUAGUAUUUAUUGUUAUUGUUGUUAUUAUUAUUAUUAUUAUUAUUAUUAUUAUUUGUUAAACGUAAACAAUUUUUUUGAGAACUGGUUUUAAUUUGAAAAAUGUAAUGCAUCACCCCCACCACCACCACCACCACCAUUUUUUUUUUAAAUUUUGUCUAAAAAUAAAUAAAUAAAUAAGUCUUUACUAAAAGUGUAGCAGUAUGCAAUCGAGUAGAAAUAAAGCUUAGAGCAAUUUUUUUUCCUUCCACUUCGUAUUUCUAAAUUAAAAUUUUCCAUCGUUUGCAUCAGUCUUCUUUUCUAGUUUUAAUAUCGGUGUGAAUAAUUUUCUGAUGCUGUUGCCUUUACGUAAAGACCAACAAAAAUGUCUCUGUGUGGUCCGGGACACAGGACGCUCACCUCUUGGCUGGGCUACAAGAGCGUAGACUUGGAGUAAAGAGCGUCAUGUUUUUACUUUCCCUCCGUCUAUCUUUCACACACAAAGGGCUUUAAAAUCGACGAGUACAACAUGAGGUAGAACUCUGACAGAGGUCCAGACGAUCUCGCUCUAUACACGCCUGAUCAAGGCGACGUUUACAUGGCUAGUGUUUUCUAAUCGAUGGGUUUAUUUGUUUUUCCACGUUUACGUAGACGGACCACCGCACCGUAGCACAGUUUGGCUUUCAAAGCUUCUCUGUUUACAUAUCGUCAUAUAGUCAAACCAACAGUUACUGUUCCAGCCUGUGUCUUGGCAAUCAGAGGAUCGUUUGCUGUCCUCGUCAGUGAAGCGAUGACUGUCUAUAGCUCACUGCACCAGUGUCUUGUGAAACAUGCCUUCGUUCCUGCGAGGCUGAAUAGUGUCGUCCAUAACGGCGCUGUAGUUUCUCCCCAACUCGCAGGGAGGUGUAGCCUUCCUCGUACGUGCAAUCGGACGCCUCGCUCCCUCUGCCUCUGCACGUCUGCCUCUUUCCUUUGGUUCCCCCGUAUCCUCCUCCUCUUCCUUAUUAUUAUUAUUAUUAUUAUUAUUAUUAUUAUUAUUUUGUAUGUAUAGAGCUAAUUUUUUUAUUUUUGUGUGCAAUCUGUAUUUUUAAAACGAGCAGAAGCAGGCCAAAGAAGCCGGCCCGUCUGCUCCACUUUGUCACUGCUGUUCCUAUAUUACUAUCCUAUAAAAUGUAUUUUUUUUUUGUAUGGAUAUUUUUAUGCUUAAAAUUGUGUAUACACAUGAUGAUAUGUAAUUGCAAGUUAACAGCUGGGGGAAAAUGUAUAUGAUGGUAAUGCUAGAUCCAGGUCUACCUUAAUUCAAUAAAAAAAACCUGUUGAAUUGCAAA